UUCCCUCUUCCUCGGCUUCUCUCGGCCAGGUAAGCCGAGCCGUCCUCUGAAGCGCCGCCGCCGCCGCCAGCCAUGGAAUCCAUCAAGGAGCUGGCGCUGGGGCCUUGCGCCGCCUCCCAGUACCUGCGGCCUUUCCGCCUCCGCUACAGCCAGAAUGGCGUUUCAAAGAUUUGGGACUUCAUGAGAUCACAUGACAGUGUGGCUAUUCUGAUCUUUAAUACGUCUCGGCAGUGCUUUGUUGUGGUGAAGCAGUUCCGUCCAGCCGUCUACAUGUGUGAGAUGGAGCGGAAGUGUCCUCAAGACUUUGAGACCAAAAUCCAGGAGACCUGGUGUCCCUUGCCAGACGUCUUGCCUGCGUCAGUCGGAAUCACGUACGAACUCUGUGCCGGUAUCGUAGACAAGCCAGAGCUGUCGCUGGAAGAAAUUGCUUGCAAAGAAGUUAUCGAAGAGUGUGGCUAUGAAGUCCCUGUAGACAGCCUGAAGAGAAUUACAUCGUACAGAUCUGGAGUUGGUGUGACGGGAUCAAAGCAGACAUUAUUUUACACCGAGGUAACCGAUGAGAUGAAAGUGAGCGAAGGAGGUGGCCGGCCGGAAGAAGGCGAGCUGAUUGAGGUGGUGGAAAUACCUCUGCAGGAUUCCAUCAAUUUUGCAUUUGAUGAGACUGUCACUAAGACAACAGGCAUCAUUGCGAGCUUCAUGUGGUUCCAGACCAACAUGGCCCCCAAGCUGCUGGGAAAAUAAGAACGGGCAUUGAGAUGUACUGGAAAAGUGAGGAUAGGAAAUAAAAAGAGAGAGUGACAGAUAUCUA